GCAGUUUGGAUUUGCGGCUCUCAUGGCAUCGACCAAGCUGCACCGUCGCGUCUUGCGCAAGUCGGUCGAGCUCUACCGACCGGAAUUGCUCCCGCUCUUUCUCCUCUUUCACAAGUCGGAGACGUCGCACGAAUGGCAGAUCCAGCACAUGGCCGACGCGGUCAAGCUCUCGACGUUUCUGCACUCGAAAAUGCUCUUGUCGCCCGAGCUCAACCGCAACUCGCCGUGCUACAUUGCGCGCCGCAUUGUGCAACUGUACAUCAAGCUCAAGUACAUUGCGACGUUCCCUGCCCACGAAAUCGACGAGUAUGCUGCGAUUGGCGACCAAGAGUACGACGAAGUGCGCAUGAUGCACCACUUGGUGCACAACAGCAGCAAUGCGACCACCGAGACCGAGCACGUGUACCGGCUUGCGGCCAUGCUCGGCAUCUCGUACCACGGGGACUCGUGGCAAGAAAUCCUCACCUUUGUGCGGUGCGCACUGCCGUUCGCCGAGCAGACCGAGACGCUUCUCAUUCGCGGCUCGGACGACCGGUCGAUCUUGGACAACGCCACGCAAACCAACAAGUACAACACGACCACGAUCCCAUGUGCUGUGCCGCAGCACGCGUGGAUCUCACGGGCGAGUUGCACGAGCUCGAGUGUCGCCCUCGAUGCCUACACGGUCUGCGAGCGCAUUCGCCAAGAGCUCCUCCUCUCGUCGCUCUCGAUCAACAAUGAAAACAUCCGCGAGGUCUUUGACCGCAAAAUGCAGUCGAUUCGAGACCGUGUCGCUGACUGCCUCGGGCUCAAAGCGCUCUAUGACGACGGCGCUUUUGAGUGCGUCAUUUCGCCCUCCGGCACCGACGCCGAGCUCCUCGCCACGUCGGUGGCCCUCGCCCGACUGGCCAGCGUCGCCUCCGAGACGACGACGACCGGCCGCAUGACGCUCAUCGUGACCGCGGGUGGUGAAACCGGAAGCGGGUCCGUCGCAGCCUCCAAUGGCAAGCACUUUAGCAAGCUCUCGCCGAGUGGCGACGCUGUCGAGCCUGGCAAGCUCCUGCGCGGGUUUCCAACCGCCAAGGUCCACUGCGUGCAGAUUCCCGCGCGCCAAGACGACGGGCACGUCGAGAACGCCGACGCGACCGUGCGCGCGAGCGUCAUUGAAGCACUCUCAACGUCGCCGACCGCCGCCCACAACGUGGUCUUAUUGCACGUUGUCAUGGGCUCCAAAACCGGGCUGAGUUGCCCGAGCUUGUCGCUUGUGGACGAGCUCUCGGCUAUCUACACGACCCGACUCCUCGUCGUCAUUGACGCGUGCCAGAUGCGCCUCGACAAGCUCUCGCUCGCCGAGUACAUGGCGCGCGGGUACCUCGUGCUCAUCACCGGAUCCAAGUUCUUUGCCGGCGUUCCGUUCUGCGGCGGUGUCCUCAUCCCAUCCGUCUACAUCGACGAGCUCGAGGGGAGCGAGGACCUUGGCAGCAUCUUCCCGAUCGGGUACACCGACUACUUUUCCAAGUAUGAGUUUCCGCCGCUAAGCAUGCCGCUCACCCGCGCCCGCUUUGCCUCGCGCAUGAACGUCGGGCUGCUCCUGCGGUGGGAGACGGCGCUCGUCAACAUGGAGCUGUACGCGUCGAUCCCGUCGGCGAUGGUUGGGCAAAUCUGCUACGAGUACAUUGCCCGGUCGAAAGCCAUGAUGGCCACGCACGCCCACGUCUCGCUGCUCGAGCCGCCGCGUGACGUGCGCAAGCCGUCGAUGGCGGCCGACGGCACGUUAUUGCGGCCCCUCGACACGAUCAUCUCGUUCCACGUGGUGGAGCACGGCGUGUGCCUUAGCGUCGACCGUCUCAAGCUCGUGCACAUGUUCCUCUCCAAGGACAUUUCGAGCGUCAUCACCGAGACGUGCCCGCUCGAGGUCGCGCUCGCGAGCAAAAAGUGCCUUGUCGGACAACCCGUGACGCUCGGGAAGCUCGCACACGGCGUGUUGCGCAUCGCGCUCGGCGCCGACAUGGUCAACCACAUCUACCGCGGCACCAAGACCAUGGUGGAGCUCGUCUUGGAGGACGCCAUCAUCUUGCGCAAGCUCGCGCUCAUCCUCAACCACUGGGACCCGCUCUGCGCCAAGUUUGUCGACGUGCCGGUGACGCACCACCUGCCCUCGACACCGCCCAAGCCCGAGAGCAAGAGCAUUUGGGACUUUGGUGUCAAAGCUGCGGGGCGAAGCCCGGCGCUGCGGUCGCUUUUGGCGUCCGGGCACGAGCUCUUUCCGCGCAUGGUCCUCUAUGACCUCGACGGCGUUGAUGUCGCGUUUCAGUCGCUCGUGGCGCCGUUCCCAGCGCACUUUGAGCACCGCUUCCACGUCUCGUCGUGCCCGUUAGCCUUCUUCCUGCGGCGCGCGAUUGAGAACGACAUUGGCUUGACCUGCGCGUCGAUCGUCGAGGUGCAGCACGCGCUCCGCCUCGGCUGCGCGCCGCACAAGAUUGCGUUUACAAGCCCCGUGAAAACGCGCCGCGAGCUGGCUUAUGCCAUUGACAUGGGUGUCGAGGUCAAUGCCGACUCGUUUGAAGAGCUCGAGAUCAUCAAGGAGCACGCGCAGAUGCGGUUUCAGAGCAGCUUCCCCGAGUGCACGCCCCGGUACGCCGGCGAGCUGCCCCGCAUCGGUGUCCGCGUUCACGUCUGUCACGAAGCCGCCCACACGUGGAUGGCUGGGAUUUCGCUCACGAACGACAACCGCGCCAAGCUCCUCGGAAUGUUCAAGGAGCACCCGUGGCUCACGGGCCUCGUCCUUGCCACGUGCCCAAAGCGCGCUGACGGCAACAAGGCGCUCCUGCGUGAGAUAGCGGACGGCGCCAACCAGCUCUGCGACCUUGCGAAUGACAUUGACGCCGUCGCCGGCGAGACACGCGUCAAGGUGCUGAACGUCGGUGGCGACCUUGAUGCGCGCUAUGACGCCGACGAUGUCGGCUUGACGUUUGCGGACGUCGUCGAAGUGCUGCAUGCCGAGGUGCCCAAGAUAUUUGAGCGCAACGGCCGCACUGUGGUCACCGAGCACGGCGACUACGUUAGCGCCAAGGUGGGGUGGACCGUGAGCGAGGUCGAAUACAUCCGGUUCCACGGUGCUCCCGACGACCGGUCGACCCCGACGCAAACCGCCGUCAUUGACGCCGGCGCCGACGUGCACACGCGGCUACCAAACGGCAGUUACAAGCACCGCGUCUCGGUCUACAAGGCCAACGGGCAGCUCUCGGCGGCACCCAAAGAGCUCCAAUCGGCCAUUUGCCUCGGGGAGCCUCUGCACCACGAGUGGAGCGCACGGACCAUGACCGUCCCUCGGCUCGAGCGCGGCGACUACGUUGCUCUGCACGACACGGGGGCCAACAUGACGACGAUGGGCCACGGCGCCAACGGGCAGCCAGCGCCGCCCGUGUACGGCUACCGCCGCCAUGACGACGGCGUCCACGUUGUCCUGCUCAAGGCAGCCGAAACCCCCGAACAAGUCAUGCAGCUCUGGGGCUAACCACUCUCUUUCCCUUGCUUUUCAGUACAGUGUAUGUAGAUGAAUACAAAUUGGUUUCUCAAA